AUGUCGUUUAAUUUUACCUUUAUUUUUCUCCUUGAACUAUUUUUUUUUUUAUCAGUAAUUAACCCUAGCUUUUUCUUUAUAAAAAGCGAAAAAAUUCAUUUAUCAUGUAACAACACGCCAAAAAAGAAUAAAACUUUUUUUAUAAAAAAUGUACAUGGAUAUUUAAGAAAAACAUAUUUAAAAAAUAUCAGUCUUCGUAAAUUAAAAAACAAUAAGUUAUUCACUAGGAUAUUCGAAAAAAAAAAAUUCAUCAAUAAGAAGCUUAUUUCCAUUUUGCGUGCAAAAAGAGAAGAUGAAACUUAUGGAGCACAGGAUGGGGGAAAAAACCUGAGGGGAGUAGCCGCUGAUAUGAUAAAUGAAGCCAUAGAAAAAGUGGUAAGCGGACAAGAAGGGGGGGGCAUGUCAAGGAAGGAAAAGAAGCGAAGCAAUGUGAACCGUGCACGCGAAAAUAAAGAAGGACGAGGAAAAGAAGAAAAGGAAGAAGAGGAAGACGAAAAAGAUGAAGAAGAUGAAGAAGAUGAAGAAGAUGAAGAAGAUGAAGUGGAUGAAUUAGAUGAAUUAGAUGAAUCAGAUGAAGUAGGUGAAGUAGGUGAAGUAGGUGAAGUAGAUAAAGAAGGAAGAACAGAGCAAGUGGACGCACUUAUUAAGGAGAGCUUGAAAUGUAUCAAGGGGGAAUAUUAUGACGUAGAAAUAUGCGAAUUACUAUCCAAAAGUUUUUUAUCGUAUGCUAAUUUUUUAAUUCUUAAUAGAUGUUUAUGUGAUUAUCGGGAUGGGCUAAAAACAGUACAAAGAAGAAUUAUUUGGAGUAUGCAUGAAAUAAAUAAAGGAGUGGUGAAAAGAAGUUACAAAAAAUGUGCAAGGAUAGUUGGUGAAGUUAUAGGUAAAUAUCAUCCACAUGGAGAUAAGAGUGUUUAUGAUGCUUUAGUAAGAUUAGCACAGAAACACCAUAAUAACAAUUUGUUGAUAAAGGGGUAUGGAAAUUUUGGAUCAGUUGAAUAUAAUGCUGCUGCUAUGAGAUAUACAGAAGCAAAAAUUUCUAAUUUUUGUUAUGAUAUUUUAUUAAACGAAAUAAAUAAUGAAAAUAUAGAAUAUAUGAGAAAUUUUGAUGGUAAUGAAAAGGAACCUAAAGUGUUGUGUAGUAAAAUUCCUCUUCUCCUAAUUAAUGGAUGUUCAGGUAUUGCUGUAAGUAUAUUAAGUAAUAUACCAUGUCACAACUUAAUUGAUGUUAUUAACUGCUCAAUAAACUUUUUACUAAACCCAGACAUUACAAAUGAUGAUUUGUUUAAUAUUAUUAAAGGACCUGAUUUCUCAACUGGUGGUAUAGUUAUUAGUAAAAAAAAUGUGUUAAAAAAUAUGUACAGUACAGGUAAAGGUAAUAUAGAAAUAAGGAGUAAUGUUUUCUAUGAGUAUACACAAAAUGAUAAAACUUAUACAAAUCAUAUAAAUGACCUAAUAUCUUUAGACUCUUCUGAACAGGACAAAGGGAGUAAAAAACUGAUCAUAAAAAAUUUACCGCCAAAUGUAAAACCGAAUGAAUUAAUCGAAAAUAUUAUCAACUUAUUAAAUGAGAAAAAAUAUGAACAUGAUAAUAUAUUAUUGAAAAUACGAGAUGAAAGUGAAAAAGAAGAUAUGAGGAUUGUACUGGAACUUCGAAAAAGUUGUCAAAUAGAACAAAUAUAUAAUUUUUUGUCCUUUUUAUUUAAAUACACCCAUAUGCAGAUUAAUUAUCAUUGCAAUUUUGUAUGUAUUGGAUAUGAAAAUAGCUACACACAAUUUUCUUUAAAAUCUUUUUUUCAACUGUGGUCAGAAAAUAGAAUAAAAUUUGUAAAAAAAAAUUAUCAAAUAAAAAAUAAAAAUUUACAAAAAGAACUUGAUAUUAUAGACUUAUAUCUGAUUAUACAAAAGAAAAUUCUACAAAUUAUUUCUUUCUUUCAAAAAAAACAAAAUAUCGAAGAAAUUAAAAUUUUUUUGAAAAAUAAUUUUAAACUAAAUGAUGAACAAAUUAAGUAUAUCUUAUCCAUGAAAAUACAAAAAUUAAUAAAUAUAAAAAAUAUUGAUUUUGUAAGCCAAAAAAAUAAAAUUAUUGCUCAAAUGAAAGUAAAUCAAAAUAUUAUUAACAACGUGCACGAAAUUAAAAAAGUAAUCAUUGACGAAUUAACAUAUAUAAAAAAUAAAUACGGAAUUAAUAAAUUACAUACAAAUGAUGUUCCAGUAAAUAUUAAGUAUAAGUAUACAUAUAUCAAUCACGACAAAAACGCCAAUAAUUGGAAUAUAGGAAGUGGAAUAAAGCAAAAGGACACUCAUGAGAAAAUCACAUUUUCAGUGGACCCAAAUGACAGCAACAAUGGUGCUGAUAAUGACACAAUUAACGAAAUGAAAAAUCAACUAAUUAAGGAUGAGAAACCGAAUAUGGAAAUAGUUGGAAGGAAAAGAAAAAGACUAAUUGGAGAGAGGGGAAAUAACAAUGAGUGUGAAGAAAGCACAGAUGAACAAAAGAAAAAUCGAAUAGAUGAUUUAAGCAAAUAUGUAAACAAUAGUACAUUAACAAUUUCAAAUGACGGUGAACACUUGGCGAAGAGUUCACUGAAUAUACAGUACAGAAAUACGUACAUAGACUCAUUAGAUAGGAAUGAUAAAGAUUUAUACAACAAUGAUGAAGUGCUAAUUUUAAUUACAUACGGGGGAUACAUAAAAAAAAUAAAGAUAAAUGAAAAAUUGAAAAAUCAUUUAAAUAAUAUUAUUAAGUUGUCCAAUGCUAAAUACAUUUUAAAAGAAAAUGAAGAGAACUUAAACGAAAAAAAAAGAAAAGCUAAAAAUAAAGGAGAUCAAGAUGGAAGUAAAGUUGAUACAACGAAUAUGGAAGGAGACACGGAUAGUAGCAGUGAUAUCAAGAACAGUAGUAACAGUUAUAAAAUAAAAAAAAGUAUUCUUUGUAGAAACAAAGAUAAAAUAUUACUAACAGACAAUCUUAAUAAGGCAUUUCUUUUAAAUGUGUGUGAUUUACAUUUGUCCUCAUACGAUUCCAAAGGAAUUGCUAUUAAUCAGAUCAUUAAGUGCUCAAAGAAUAUAACUGGAAUGACAAAAUUUGACGAAAAUAAAAAAUACCUUAUCGUUUGUAGUGAAAAUGGAAAAAUGAAAGUAAUAAAUAAUGAUGUGUUUUUAAAAAAAAAAAAAAAAGGAAUAAAACUUUUUAAAAAUAAGAAAAAUAUUUAUUUUAGUUACUGUAAUUUUGAUGAUAAUUGUAUAGUAGGGACAAAGAAUGGUUAUAUAAUACAAUUUCCACUAAGUUGUUUUAAAAUCUCUAAAAAAAACUCACUAGGUAAUAAAUGCAUAUUUCUAGGUAAAAAUGAUAAAGUGGUAGACCUGCUGUCCUAUGAGAAUAAUGAAAAAAAUAUAAAAAAUUUUAAAAUUAUAUUUCUUUCAAGAAAUGGAUUUGGAAAAAUGAUUAAUCUCAAUGAAUUGAAAAUACAAAAAAAGAAAGGGAAGGGUUAUAAAAUUAUGAAAUUUAAAAAGGCCAAAAUUAAAAGUAAAAUUAAUAGUAACAACGUAACUAUUACAAAUUGUCAAGAAAAACAGAGCGAAGUGAAAGAAAAGAGUGAUAAACAAGAAAAAUUAGAAGUAAUAAGUGGACUAACGAAAUUGGAUGAAUUACCUGUAGAUGCAAAAGAAAGAAGUAUACCCACAGUUGAUGAGAAUAGAAAAAAUUUCAUGCAUAAUGCUGAUAUGGAUGAAUUUUUAGGAUUCAAAUUAUACGAUAUAACAAAAAAGAAAGAAAAUGAUUUACUUAUUAUGAUUACAGAUCAUGCCGUUCUUAUUAGAAAAAAUAUGUCUUUAUUAAAAAAAAAAAGUAGGAAACACUCAUCUCAAAUUUAUGCAAAAUUGAAUAAGAUUAAUAAACUGGUUUAUUUCGACAUUUUGCAGUUGUCCUGA